AUUUUGAGCUCAAGGAUCCCAUUUAAAAAAGAAAGUGAGCUGGGGAUCAGUAUUUGGAGUACUACAGAUCAGUUAAAAGACUUGGAGAACAAAGAUGGUGAGAGCUCCUUGCUGUGACAAGGUGGGAUUAAAGAAGGGGCCUUGGACUACUGAAGAAGAUCAGAUUUUAAUGUCCUACAUCCAAAAAUAUGGCCAUGAAAAUUGGCGUGCGCUUCCAAAGCAAGCCGGUCUGUUGAGAUGUGGGAAGAGUUGCAGACUCCGGUGGAUAAACUACUUGCGUCCAGAUAUAAAGAGAGGAAACUUCAGCACAGAAGAAGAGGAAACUAUCAUGAAAUUGCAUGAAAUGCUUGGAAAUAAGUGGUCAGCAAUUGCAGCAAAAUUAGCAGGACGAACCGACAAUGAAAUAAAAAAUGUGUGGCACACCCACUUGAAGAAAAGAUUGAAACGUAAUCAGGCCAACCCGGAAACAAUCCUACCUACACCAACAAACCAUUCCAAUGCCUCAAGUAAAUCACCAUCCUCCAGCUUGAAUCUUCCGGCCCCACAUGAUCAAGAGACGUCUGAGACUGAUCCAUCAUACACAUCAUUGUCACCACAGACAUCUUCAAGUGAUUUUUCAUCGGUCACAGAUGCCUCUCUUAUAACCAUGGAACCAAACAAUCAGUACAUGGACCAUAUAAUUGAGGUUGAAGAUAUGUCGGAAAAUUUUCCGGUGAUCGAUUACAGUCUGUGGUCGGAAUCACCUUUGCCCGAGAACAUGACCAGCGUGCCAUCUGAUUUAUUUGCAAUUAGUGAUCAUGAAUCACAAACGUCUCAAUAUCUUUUCAAUUCAGUUGAAGUAGUGGAGCCAGGGUAUGAUCAUUUUGGUUCGAUUAUUGAUGAUGGCAUGGAGUUUUGGUACAACCUUUUCAUCGGAGCAGGGGGUUCACCGGAAUCAUCGGAAUUUUGAAGAGGCUUUGCUUUCUGUUUUGUCGGCUUGGAAUAUUUGAAUGCCUUAAUCUUUGUCACGUCUUUGACCGUUAAUUGCAACAACAAAAGGACAGCAAUUUAAAGGCAAAUGUGUCUCCAAGUCCUAGAGCCAGAAUUAAUCAUCCAUUGACGAACUGAUCGAUCUUGGCAAUGAGGUUAAAGUUGAAAAGUAUCUAAACUGGUGACAGGAAGAGAUCAGUAAACUACGUAAAAAAAAAAAAAAAUGAUCGACACAGAAUCAAUAUCACUGUAAAGUGAUAGAAGGAGUACUUCAUAAGAAUGGAGUGUAUUUUUUUGAAUUCUAAGAUCUUUCAUUGAACUAAGAAAUUAUGUUUCUUCA